AUGAUUACUAAGUCUUCGGCUGGACAUAUUUUCAAUAUCACUCCAGGCGAUACCGAAGGACCUACGAAAAAAAUCAAACUCAACUAUGACGUUUCUCUUAACUUGCCCUUCCCCCGGAACCGUAAUUUCACUGGCAGGAGGGCAGAGUUAGAUGUCAUCGAUGUAUAUUUUUCGGAAUCUACAUGUAAUGGUGGUGGUAGCGCUCCUGUCUGCGCGAUCACUGGUACUGGGGGUAUGGGAAAGACUCAGAUAGCCCUUGAAUACGCUUACGCAUGUCACGAAACCCGCCGAUUUACUUCAAUCUUCUGGGUAUCAACUACAACCGAGGAAGCUAUUCAGAUUUCGUUCGUGGACAUUAUGCAGCAAAUUGUUGAGGAGCAAGCAAGAGCAUCCUGGCCCGAGCCCCCUGACUACGAAAGCAUUGGCGCGAGACUCGGAAUCUCCGAUUUAAUAGAUAGAAACGGGAACAUCAACUGCCGCUCCGGUCCGGAAACGUCUAUCUAUAAUAAUAUUAAAUCUGCUUUGUUCAGCUGGUUGAAACUACCCGGUAACGACAAGUGGUUGUUAAUUUUUGACAAUGCAGACGACCUAAGUUUCGCAAUCGACAAGUACUUCCCCAACCACGGUGGGUGUAUUCUCGUGACUAGUCGUCGGCCCGAAUUCUUUCACUGCGCCGAACAGAUAAAUUUGGACGGUUUGGAUAAAGAGAAUGCAAUCAAGCUUUUGUCGCAUCUGAUACAGAUACGGAAUCCUACGGAAAGUGAGCAUGCGCAUAUAAGCGCAGUCGUUGAGAAGUUAGGCUUCAUGCCGCUUGCUAUUACUCACGCUGGCUGUUUCAUACACGAAAUGAACAUUCCUGUGAGCGAGUAUUUGCGAUACUACGAUAAGACUUUCAAAGAGGCACAGUCUAAAAUACCAAAAUUUGGAUGGGCCUAUCGAGAAGAUACAGCCGUGACGACUUGGGAAGUGUCCUUUUUGGAAAUUCAAAAGCAAAACGAGGAAGCAGCGUCGUUGUUACUUACGUGUGGGUAUUUGAACCCGAACGAGAUCUUCGAGGACUUGUGGGAGGCCGAGGAUGAGCAGCCUGACCCGGAAUUUCGAAUCCAACAGAAGAGAAGAUUCUCGCUUCUCGCUUCAUACUCGCUGAUUAAUAGAAGUCAGCCGGGGGCUUUUUCUGUUCACCCCGUCGUGCAUAACUGGACGCGGGAACGCGGAAACCGCUCAGAUCGUUUGCAGGCAAUGAAGAGCGCUGCUAAUAUUAUUAUUCAAAGAGGUCAAUUGUUACUAUUAAGUGAAGGAUUUGACGGACGAGAGGAGAACAGGAUUAUAGCACAUAUAGAGGUCCUUUGCAGGUAUGCGAUGCCUGAGCAUUUUUCCAGUCCGGGAAGCUCUUUGCAGCAGCUGCUCAUGUCAUUUGCAGCCUUAGGCGACGCCCUUCAUGAGUGUUGA